AUGCUGGCCAAAAGCGCCACUCCCGCCACACCUGUCACGAGGCCUGUAUCUCACAUCGGCGACUCGACUACGUGGAUAAAACAGUGGUACACACCUCUUGAAAACAGCUCUUCGAGCUCAGUUUCCAACUGCAAACUUCGUGGGUGGGUCAAGACAACAAAUGCCCCGCUGGAACAAGCCAUUGCCAUCAGUUCAGACACCUAUGAUUUGGAUAAACAUAGCUCCCACCAGGAGCCGGAGGAGGAAAAACCUGUGGUCGAAGAGACGCCUGUGGAACAGACGGAGAACUCCGAUUUGAAGCUGGCAUUGUCAAUGGAGAAACGCGAAGACCAGGUCUCAUCAUUGUCCGGCUUGGGCAUGUAA